GGUGUGGAGUUGAGCUGCCUGUUGCAUGCCAUGACUGCGUUUUACCGGAUACUUCUCCUCUUAUCUGUGGCCGUGGCCUCUGUGACAGCGCGCGGGUCCCAGCGGACAAAGAGAGGGUUACUCGAGCUGGCAGGCGCCAUCAAAUGCAGCACAGGGAGAUCUGCCUUGGCCUACAUGAUGUACGGGUGCUACUGUGGACUGGGUGGUCAAGGCUGGCCCAGAGACAAGGCAGACUGGUGUUGCCACAGGCAUGACUGCUGUUAUGGAGAUGCAGAACGCCUCGGCUGCCAAACCAAAACAGACCAGUAUCGGUGGACUUGCGAGGACAAGACUGCUGAGUGUGAUGACUUGAAGGACAAAUGUGAAAAGCUGCUGUGCAAGUGUGACAGAGACGCUGCCAAAUGUUUGAGAAAAGCACCUUUCAUCCAAAAAUAUGCCCUAUGGCCAGAUUUUCUGUGCGGCUGCGAACAACCAAUGUGUAAUAUUUACUGA